AUGGAGAAGAAGGCCGUGGGGUCUCGACCGAGGCUCGCCCAAGCAAGCUCCCGAAAAGGUUGCAUGCGUGGAAAAGGCGGCCCCGAGAACGCGUCUUGCACUUACAAAGGCGUUCGUCAGCGCACGUGGGGAAAAUGGGUGGCCGAGAUUCGCGAGCCCAAUCGCGGGUCCCGCGUUUGGCUCGGCACUUUCGAAACCUCUCACGAGGCCGCUAUUGCCUACGACGCUGCGGCCCGACGCCUCUACGGGCCCGAUGCCAAGGUCAACCUACCCCACCUUCUCGACCAGGCCCAGGCCCAGACCCCUGCCCAGGGACCUGUAAAGGCUGAGGUCCAAGAAAUCACAAUUGCUGAUUUCCUGGGCCCAUUAGAGCCUACUAAGGAGGAAAGACCCAUUAGUGAGAUUGGGCCGAGGGCGGAGAGUACUACUAAUGGGUAUAGCUAUAGCGGGGAGUAUGUUAGCGCUAGCGGGAUUUUGCAAGAGCUGAACGAGAGUUUGCCUGAGGUUGACGACUCAUCCCUUUGGGCCGAGGCCGCUAAGGAUACGUCAUUGAGGAUCGUGCACGAGCCAGAGGCAUUUGCCUCUAGCUUGGAGUACUACGGGACUUUCCCGUGGUACUACUAA